AUGCCUGUGAAGGCUUCCCAAAUGAGGAGGACCAGCACUGACUCUGAUCGUUCACUGACGCCGUCUCAGAUUCAGAUGUACGUCCAGGUGGGAACACGCUGGGACAAGUGCACUCCUCUUCUUGAAGCAGGGAACGUGACUGGGGAUCCUCUGUACAGGAAUGGUUCCUCAUAUUCCUGUCCUAAUCUAGCACCGAGUACGCGGAAGAACAGCAUCAUAAGCGCCAGAAAGCCAUCUGAUGUGGCGACCCUUGCACUGUACAGAUCAUCGCCCCUUUCAGCUGGUGCGGCCUUCCCUCUGCGAUGGUCGACUAAUUUUAGCUACCAAGGAGAUCGCAGGGCUUCGUUGGGCCCAAACCAAGAUCGAGGAGAAUCAAGGCGCCUUUCGGCACCUUGCAGGGGCACCCCAGACUGCUCAUCGGCCUCUCCCCCAACAGAUACCCCCUUUGAGCACCACAUGUCGAAGAGGGAUUCAAGGAAGAUGCAGGACUUGGAAAUCACACCAUCUGCCAAAGGAGUCUCUUUCUUAAAGGUACCAGCCCAGUCCAGUACUUCAUCACCUCACGGUUCCUUGUCGCCAGUGAGUCCGAAAACGUUCUUCCAUCUUCACGAAUCUUCUCACCAACAACUCUCGGAAAACCCAACUGAAGUCAUUCUCAACCUUGAUACAUUGGCUGACCACCUCGCUAAGCUUGAAGAAAACGAGCAAGACAUAAAAAGCCGAUUCCAGACAUUCCAGGAUGGGGCCAAAACAACCCAGAUUCCACAAAAUUCAUCUUGGUUCCAGCAACCCGGUCAAAAACUUGCUGAUGUGACUCGAAUCCCUGUAGGGACGUGUACUGAUGCCAAUUCUUGUCUCGGUGAAGAGAAUGAUGUUUUCGCUAGUGAUGUCCAUACUGAUGUUGAAUCUAUUGACUCUGGAGGUGAAGAUGAUGACGUUGAUAGCAGGAGACUCAAAAGAGGUUAUGAAAGACACACAAAAAGUGCAUUAACGGACAAUGAAAAGGACACAGGCAGACAGAAUUCUAGACACAGCAACAAAAAUUCUGCUGUUCCACAAGCCUUCAGGAAAGAAAGAGAGUGUCAAGAUGGCAGCCAGACAGGCAGUCUCGAAUCGAGGAAGAAUUCGUCAGUAGCCCAUCCCAAAUCUCGACAUUUCAGUGACGCUCAGAUCACGAAUGUGGAGAGGAGCUGUCUCUUUCUGGACGGGAAUAUAUGCCAGGUUAUCGACGGCCUCUUCCUGGGGAACAUCAAAGCCGCCUACUGUGAACCUCUGCUCUGUAAACUGGACAUCGAGUGCGUUGUAGAUCUCUCUGACGUGAUGCCAGCUCAGGUGCCUUCGGCCAGCAAGUCCAUCUGUCCCUGUACGUGUCCCCUGGAAACGGCUCACUUGAGAACUAGGCUCUGUAUCAACAUCCCCAACUCAGAGGAAAUCGACAUCAUGCAGUAUGCAGAUGACAUCAACCGGUUCAUCGAAGGAUCGCUCAAUCAAGGCAAGAAUGUCCUCAUCCACAGCUUUCAUGGGAAAAGCAGGGCGCCUGCUGUCAUCAUCCAGUACCUAAUGACGAUGUACAAAAUGUCCUUCAGCAGAGCCUUCUCCCUUGUGAAGUCUGCCUUCCCCGAAGUGUCCCUCAACGGAGGCUUCCACAAAAACCUGCAGAGGCUAGACAGACGCCUCUCUGCAGGGAGUUCAAACUCCCUUAACCUCUCAGGGACUCCAAAGUCUCGGAGUGCCUGGAACUAAGCUUUUUGUUCCCUUUAUAGGAGGGAGGUUUAACUGAUAGCAGUGAACUACUUCGGUUUGAAGUUGUGAAUGUGUGGAAGUUUUUUUUUUUUUUUUUUUUUUUUAAGUUUAUUUCAUGUGAAGUUUCAGAGAUAUUGAUACAUGUUCAUAUGGAUCAUACAUUUGGUGGUAUCCAGAUCGUUUUUCAUUUAACCGUACUUUUUAUACCUAAAGAGUUUGGUUUGUUAUGCACUGGCAUUGCAAUUGUUUUGGUCAUUGAAGUGGUGUUGGUGUUAUUGGUAUUACGCUGGUAUUAUUGCUACCUAGAAUUCCUUUUUAUCUUUAAAUAAACGCAAAACACCUUUUUCAGACCUUUUUAGGCUGCUCCAUAGACUUUCCUACCCCCCAACAAGAACAACAACAAUUUGUAGGCUUACUCCCCGAGUAAGCAAAAAUUUAAAGGACACUUCAGUGACCAUCAUCACUGGGACGCCAGUGUAUUAAGGAACCAGAUCACUCAUGUGUAAAAAGUACGUUUCAAUGAGAAACGAUUUUAGCUAUUUUGUAUAAAAAAUAACGAUGAAAGACAAUUGAGGAAUUUCCUUAACUUAAAAUUUGUUGUUCCAUGUUCCUUAAAUAAUUAUGGCCACUCACAGCAUUGUAACUCAAGUCUACGGUUACUAUAGUGACCUCCUGCAACUUGAAUUGGUAUGUUAUACGUGAAUAGACGAAUAAAGUGUGUAAAUACAUCGAU